GUUGAUGUCAGAGGAAAUUUUUCUCCAGCAAAAAAAAUCUUCGCAAUAUUCUCUAGUCUACGUCGGGAAAAUCGGUGAAAAAUGUUCUGAUUUGUGCGUAUAAUCGAGUGCUUUUUAUGUGAACUUGUUCACUGAGGUGAACCGGACACGGUGGCAGUGGAUUUCGAGUGUAUUUACCGGAGGAAAGUGAAUAUCGACUUGUUUUGUCCGGGGAGAGAAUAGGUACCGUUUUCUUCUGCAAGAAGCUUCUCGUCACGUCUUGGUGCGGAGGAAGAGGAGGAACCAUUUCACCGUAGUGCGCGGAGGUUCGUGGGUGUGCGGAGGUGAAAGUCCUGACUGCCUGCUUACAGUGGGAUAGUCCCCAGGGAAAGCAGAGCUGGAGAAGCAUACAAACGCCGCUUCAAUCAGCCCAGAAGUGGUCGACGAUUCGUCUGAUUUGUUUGCAUAAAUUUACUGCGACUCGCUACGAUUGACUGAAUUAGGGCGUAAAGGGCUCGAGGAAGAUAGCCACAAAGCAAACGAUGAGCUUGACCAGGUCCUGCCGUUCGUCGCUUGCCGGCUUUCUGCUGGCAGUGAUCGUCGUUAUUAGCGGGACAGUCGAUGGGUUCUACUUGCCCGGAUUGGCGCCGGUAAACUAUUGCCGGCAGUCGGAGAUGCAGAAAUCAUGCAAGUCCGAGGUGGUACUGUACGUGAACCGGCUCAACACUGAGGAAUCGGUCAUCCCCUACGAGUACCAUCACUUUGACUUUUGUCCAAUCGACGAAGCCAACUCACCGGUGGAAAACCUAGGCCAGGUCGUGUUCGGUGAACGUAUCCGUCCAGGGCCGUACCGGAUUGAUUUCCUGGAACAGAAGACCUGCGAGAAGGCAUGCACCCGAUACUAUGUCGGAGGCGAUCCGGAAAGUGACCGCCGGUUGAUGAUUCUGAAGAAGGGAAUGAGUUUGAACUAUCAGCACCAUUGGAUUGUGGACAACAUGCCUGUCACUUGGUGUUAUCCUUUGGAUAACGACCGUCAGUACUGUAGCACUGGGUUCCCAAUGGGUUGCCUGGUCCGAAGACAUCCGGAUGGAGACGAGGGCUGCAUGGUAAACCCGAGUUAUAACCGAGCUGGGUAUUACUACCCCUUCAAUCACGUUGACCUGACAAUCACUUUCCACAGUGGAGCUACAGAGGAAUGGGGAGUUGCCUUCAAACAAAACGGUGGCCGAAUCAUCUCGGUCAAAGUGGUCCCAUCGUCCAUCAACCAUAAAAAUCCCGAUCAACCAGACUGUUCCAGCAAGGAACCGAUUGAGAUUCCGUCGACUGCCCUUCCGAAUGGCCAGAAAAUGAACAUCACCUACACUUACUCGGUCCACUUCGUGCAGAACAACACCAUCAAGUGGUCCUCGCGUUGGGAUUACAUCCUGGAAUCGAUGCCGCACACCAACAUCCAAUGGUUCAGCAUCCUGAACUCGCUUGUGAUUGUCCUGUUCCUGUCCGGGAUGGUGGCUAUGAUCAUGCUCCGAACGUUGCACAAAGAUAUCGCCCGCUACAACCAGAUGGACUCUGGCGAGGAUGCCCAGGAGGAAUUCGGCUGGAAGCUAGUUCACGGGGACGUGUUCCGACCGCCACGCAAGGGAAUGCUCCUGUCGGUUCUGCUUGGGUCCGGAGUGCAGGUGUUCUGCAUGUCGUUGGUGACGUUGGCCUUCGCCUGUCUGGGAUUCCUUUCGCCGGCCAACCGGGGAGCUCUGAUGACCUGCGCCAUGGUGCUGUUCGUGCUGCUGGGAACACCCGCUGGAUACGUUUCGGCCCGCAUCUACAAGAGCUUCGGCGGAAUCAAAUGGAAGAGCAACGUCCUGCUGACGUCGAUGUUGAGUCCCGGAAUUGUUUUCGGGCUCUUCUUCGUGAUGAAUCUGAUCCUGUGGAGCAAGGGAAGCUCCGGAGCUGUUCCAUUUUCGACGCUGAUUGCUUUGUUGGCCUUGUGGUUUGGAGUGUCGGUGCCGCUUACCUUCGUUGGCGCUUACUUCGGAUUCCGUAAAAGGUCUCUGGAGCACCCGGUUCGUACCAACCAGAUCCCACGCCAGAUCCCGGACCAAUCGAUCUACACCCAACCGAUCCCCGGUAUCAUCAUGGGCGGCGUCCUGCCAUUCGGUUGCAUCUUCAUCCAGCUAUUCUUCAUUCUGAACUCGCUCUGGUCCAGCCAGAUGUACUACAUGUUCGGCUUUCUGUUUCUGGUGUUCCUGAUUUUGGUCAUCACCUGCUCGGAAACGACCAUCCUGCUGUGCUAUUUCCAUCUGUGCGCCGAGGACUACCACUGGUGGUGGCGAUCGUUCCUGACAUCCGGCUUUACGGCGGUCUAUCUGUUCAUCUACUGUUGCCACUACUUUGCCACCAAGCUGCAGAUCGAGGACGCCGCCUCGACCUUCCUGUACUUUGGCUACACGCUUAUCAUGGUGUUCCUGUUCUUCUUGCUGACCGGUUCGAUAGGAUUCUUCGCUUGCUUCUGGUUCAUUCGCAAGAUCUACAGCGUCGUGAAGGUGGACUAAGGUUGAAUCUUUCCAAAACAGCCAGGCAGGACCAGGAAUAUGUGCAGUCAAUCAGCAGAGCCCUUUCGUGAAAUUCCUCCCCUCUAAAGUUUGAUCUACUUGGAAUCCGGAAUAAUGUUUGAAGCUUGAUAUAUGCACUAAUGAACUAAAGAUUUUUAAAAAAUCUUGAAAGGAAGAUGUAGCAGAAAUUACAGCAUCACGCAAGCUUCCGGAUUCCAAGUGAAUCAUGUUUUAUAACAUACUUUAUUCUCUAUUUUUGAGAUAGUUUAAAGCGUACGUCUAGACGAUAAGAUUAUUAUUUGAACAAAAAAAACUGAAGCACAUUACUAGCGACGAAAAACUGAUUGCGAAAGAAUGAAGCGAUGCACUUAAUUGAUUGAUUUUAAGGCAACAUAGGUUGACGAAGUAAAAAAGUAAUAUACCCAAAAAUAAAGUCCCGAUAAUUUUCUUCUUAGAACAGGAAAAUCGUGAUAACAGAAGCACCUUCCAAAAAUAAAAAAAAUUAAUGCAAAUAUUCGAGCAAGAGAAGAGAGCAAGACAAAAAAUGGUUUAGUAAUGGGUGUGCGCAAAGCAAAAAGAACACAAAGAAAACACAAAGAUGGAUCGAAAGAGAACAUCCCAAGUAACAAUUCAGGUUUUAACUUGGCUUUAACGCCACUUUUUAUUCAACUACAGGCCAGUGGAACCUGAAUACAACUCUGAAAUCGGCUACAAGGGAUGUGUGUGUGAUUACUUUUAGUAGUAUAAUAUCAAAAGAUUGAAUGCCUUCUUUUCUGUUUAAUUAUUUAACCCUGCUAAGAGUACAGGAAAGAUAACACGAAAACACUAAUAAAACUGUAGUAGCCGUAAAAUAGUAUCUGUUAGGUAUGUAUUAUACUUGUAAUUGGAUGGAAUAACUUAAAGAAGGAAGUAUUAAUGGGAGAAAACAAUUUACAGAAUUCGUCUCAAAAGCAUUUGCUUUGCAACGAUUAGCCCGCUUGCAGAAAAAUAAAUCCCACUAAUUUUGGGGAAAAAUUACCCGCAAAUUGUACAGUUGAGACGUUUCGCGUCGGUUCCUGGGCAUACGUCGUCUAAAAUUUCGUCAACAAAACAUAUUUUUAAGGUUCCCACACUAAGAUUGAAGUUGCACGAUUUGGCUGAAAUUUGCAGAAAAAAAAUAACAUACUUUAUUGUCGUAAUUAACAAAUUUAUCAAGACUUUUGUGCAGUGGUUCGUUGUUUUGGGCGUAAAUUUGGCACAAAAAAUUAAGAAAUGUAGGAACCCAUGAUCGAUUUUCCUUAUUGGAUUUCCUUAUACGUUUAAUGGAUGAUACAAAAACAUCAAAAAGAUAACGGUGUAGUCAAAUAAGACUAUUACUCUAGGAUGCUGACUAAUUUGAUUAUUUCAAAGAAAAACGUUAAAAUCAAUAAAUUUACGGUAACUUAUAAAUAAUAA